AUGCGUGACAUCCGAUCACAACUAUCUGAUUGGCCCUCAGACUCCAUCGAGGAUGCCUUUGAGUGUCCUGCUCAGCAUCUCGGAAUAAUCUAUGAUCAGCUUGGCAAGGCAUAUACGCAUAAGCAGCGAUCCAUCUGGGAAAUCCAUUCUUCGCGCGGCCACAAGGCUGUCCAUGUCGCCCACAGCUUAGAAUGUGUCAUUAAUCGCCAUGCUAUGCUGCGUAGUGUCUUUGUCCCUUCACUGGACAACCGUAUGGAACCCAUUCAGGUUGUUCUGAAAGAGAUUAGCGCGGCCAUCCAGAUUGUGACGGCCUCCGACAUCAAAGCGGCUGUACAGCUACAGGAGUUCAAAGCCAUUCAGUGCCGAGACAGGCCCUUGCCACAUCUCUCUAUCCUGACUGAUGGGCCAGAUGGGCAGAUUUGGUGGCUCUUCAAGUUCGACAAAGCACUGAUCGACGCAGCAUCCAUGACCAUUGUGCUGCAAGAAUUAGCCACAUUAUUGAAUUGUCACUCCUGCCCGCUGGACCUAGCUCCUUCCUACUCUAAAUAUGUUUCCGCUGUUCACGAAAUAAAACCGAAGCAAUGCCUGCGAUUCUGGCGGCGGACCCUCCGAGGCAUAGUCCCUUGUCUAUUGACAAAGUCCCCAAGUUCUCUGCUACGCUGUCCCUCCCCGGAACCCCGGGUUUGCACGGUUAGCAAAGAGUUAACCGCCUUAGACACAUUGGCGGCUCUUUGGAAAGCUUCAGGGUUCACAGCGACCAAUGCUUUCCAGACCGUCUGGGGAUUGGUUCUGGCCCGGUCCAUUGCUCCUACGGAUGUCUGUUAUGGAGGUCUCAAGUCAUGUCGCGAUGCUGCCGUCCCCGGGAUUCUUCAGAGGGUUGGCCCUCUCUUUAACAUCCUCCCAUGUCGCCUGCAGUUCAAGUCUGUUCAUCCAACCAUGUCCGAAUUGAGUGACAUCCUUUUGUCAAACCAGUCGGCGAUGGCGGAGCGCGCACCCACCACCAGCAUACGUCUUUACAGAGUAUCAUCGAGGCUACUGGGGUCGAUAAUCACCAGCUGUUCAACACAUGUCUGA